AUGAUCUUGCGCUUUUCAAGUCGUAUUGGCCAGUUUCGCCUCACCGUCGAGCCCUCGACCGACCUCGCAUCUCUACUUCCUCAAGUCGUCGAAAAGCUCUCUCCCGACACUCUUCCUUCGUCUGUUUCCAUAAGUCCACAACGAGGUGGCCAAUCACGGUCUCUCGAGAGCCUCAAGGGCGUCACCGUUCAGAAACUCGGCCUUGCUAACGGUGCUCAAAUCUUCGUCGAGUUCACCGAAGGCCAAGCCCCGACUGAAACCCAACCACCCCCUCCAUCCAACGCCUACAGACUUAACGGAAAGGAAGUCACUGCUCAGGACACCACCACCAUCGCCAUCCCAAAUCUGACAGCCCAGACACGCGUCGACAACCCCUGGGAUACAGUCAAGCAAUUACCGAUCGAUGACGCUCUGGACAAGGAAAAUGGCAAGAUCAAGAGACCUCGCGAUACCAGAAUGUGCAGACACGGCCCCAAUGGCAUGUGCGACCACUGUCAGCCCAUCGAGCCAUACGAUGCUGGUUAUCUGGCUGAGAAAAAGAUCAAGCAUCUCUCGUACCAUGCAUACCUCCGCAAAAUGAACCAAGGAAAGAACAAGUAUGAGUCGGGAAGUUCUUGGAUGCCCCCACUCACCGAACCCUACUACCGCGUAAAUCCGAGCUGUCCCUCUGGUCACAAGCCUUUCCCUGCAGGUAUCUGCACAAAGUGUCAGCCCAGUGCCAUCACCCUCCAACCUCAGCCCUACCGCAUGGUCGAUCACGUCGAGUUUUCAUCACCUGCAAUCAUCAACAAGAUCCUGGACUUCUGGCGAAACUCGGCUGCCCAGAGAAUUGGUUUCAUGUACGGCCGCUACGAACCUUACUCUGAGAUUCCCCUUGGAACAAAGGCCGUGAUCGAGGCUAUCUACGAGCCUCCUCAAGUUGACGAGCUUGAUGGUGUGACACUUAACGAGUGGGCAAACGAAAAUGAGAUUGACAAAGUAGCCUCUCUCUGCGGCCUCCAGAGGGUUGGUGUCAUCUACACUGACCUGAUCGACGCUGGCAAGGGCGAUGGAACCGUUGUGUGCAAACGCCAUAACGACUCUUACUACAUGUCGUCCCUGGAGAUUAUGUUUGCUUCGAGAUAUCAAGCCAAGUAUCCGCGCCCUUCGAGAUGGAGUGAAACGGGUUCUUUCGGAUCCAACUUUGUCACAUGCGUCAUUACUGGUGACGACGAAGAUCAAAUUGCCGUCCAAGCCUAUCAAGCAUCCGACUCUGCUGUGGAGAUGACACGAGCUGACAUCAUCGAACCCUCUGCGGAUCCGACUGUCAUGCUAGUUCGCGACGAAGACGGAGAAAAUGGAUUAGGUCGCACACGCUACAUCCCAGAAGUCUUCUACCGCCGUAUCAACGAGCAUGGAGCGAACGUGCAAGAAAACGCCAAGCCCUCAUUCCCAGUCGAUUAUCUAUUGGUCACGCUCACUCAUGGUUUCCCACUGGAAGCCAAACCUCUGUUCACGAGCGAGGAGGGAUUCGUUGUGGAGAACAGAGAGAUGAUUGGCCAAUCUCAGGAGCACAGAGCCCUCAGGAGCUUCUUGAGCAAGGUGGCUAGACUUGACACCACCGACGGAGCCCAGAAGAUUUCGGACUUCCACGCAUUAUGUUUCGUACAUACUAUGGGCGUUCUCAGCGAGGAUGAGUUUCGUCUACUCUGUCAAGUGGCAACACAGAAGGACACCAGCCUCGGUGCAGCAUUGCAGCAAACACCAGGCUGGAAGUCCCUGCUGACUAUCGUUGAGCUGAGCGGCGACCGUCGACCAAAGAGACAGAACGAGUGGUCCGGCAGCGGUGCAGGGUCAGGCUACGGCAGCGACGGAGAACAGCUCGCCAAAAGAGUCAAGAACAUCGGCCUCAAUGGCUCGAGGUGA